CAGGAAAUCUGUCUUUUCAAUCGAGAGACGAUAACAAGAGGUCCAUCGACGUCAUCAGCGAGUUCUCUAGUCGUCUUGCAAAGUAAGAGACCCCCUGUGAUUGAUGCAUACGGGAAGACUAAAAAGCAACAGGCUGUGCAGCCGACUGGUUCAAGAUUCAUGUCAGCUUGACAAGGAAGAAGACAAAUUAAAGGCAUUUACGGAGUUGUCUACCGAGCUUUCCAAAGCUGCGCCGUCUACUGCGAUGGCGGUGACUCCUGCUUUGGCAGCCGUUAUAACAAGUCACGCGAAAUCCAAAGAGCGUGUGGCAACCCGCGUUAGAGAACUAGAUUCUCUGUGGGAGAGCCUGCUCUCAAAUAUUGUGACGAACAUUGUCAAAACGACAGAUAUCAACUUGGAGCGCGCCAUUGCAUUGUUGCACACAGAAACGGAUGUGGCUCUGCAGUCAUAUUUUCGAUCUUACAGUCCGCUCUUGCUCAAACGGAAGGCACGGCACCAAUCCUGGGGGGAGCUGGACGAGCUAUUGGAGUUGAAGAAUACUUCAGCCGACGACGAUGGAGAGAAUGGAGCAGCAGGUGCUGAACAUGGGUCCAAGGCAUGGUCGCGAUCACCAGAUUCAAAACGUCGUCGGGUGGAAUCAUCUACGCCAACAGCGGUUCCUGUAAAGGAGGAAAACGUUGACUAUAGAGGUUUGCUGGAGGCAAUGAAAUCGUCCUUGGCUAUGCAGACGCGAACAUUUGAACUGCUUGCCAAAGAAAAACAACUGCUGAAACAAAAUCCUCAGGGUAGCUCACGUGAUGCAGAUUAUCGUGCAACAUCGAUCACAUCUACCCGUCGAAAUUCUUCUGCUGAACGACAGACCACCGCGAUGCAGGUGGGGGCACUAUCUUGACGAAAGCCCUCGGCCUAGACAAAGGACUGCCAUCAUACGUGUAAUUCAAGACGUCCAUUUGCAUCCUCUCGCAUAGAUCCGUAGAUUGUAAAUCCAGCAUGCAGCAUCAUUUCGUGAUCCCGCCCGUAGCAACGUUUUAGUGGCGUGGCCCAUGUACCCUGUAUUAUGUUUGCUGGACUGUGUUUGUCUUGUCCUGUAUCCUUAGAAAUUGAGGGCACCGUAUCAUGCAGGUUGGAUGAGAAACGCCUUUGAGUAGCUUUGUGUGCAACCUUUGAAAGUGAAAGUGAUGGUGAAAUGGUGAGGUUGCAUAAGUCACGUGUGACG